AUGAGCACUGAAAACUCAGACCCUUCGCAAGUACCGUCGUCUCCCAAAGAUGGCGGCAGCAAGUCCAAUGGUGAAUUAGAACAACCUCGCACUCCUUCUUCUGAUCAUCGUUCCAAAAGUAGAUCAAAGCAUUCUUCGAAACCAUCGUCAGGAUCUUCGAGAUCAGGCCAUAGAUCUGGUGAUCACAAGUCUCGGAGCGACCACAAAUCAUCGGGCCGUAGUAAGGAGCACCGUUCCUCCUCGAGCGGUUCCUCACCACCAGAGCCAACUGCCACAAAGCCUUCUCGUGGUGAAGAGGACAAGAAAUCCAAGAGAGAUGAAAAGUCUCGACGUAAUCGUCCAGCCACUACUGCUGGCGUCGUCUCAGUAUCUGGAGGAGCGGAAUCAAGAGAGUCUCGCAAGGCUCGUCGCGAGAACAGAAGCAGAGACGAAGACUCCAACAAACCAAGAGAUAGAGUCCAGGAGAAGAUCGCCAGGGAUAAGAAAUCGACUAGAGGUGCCACCGCCAAUCGAGCAGCCAGAGAAAAUGCCAAAGCUGCCUCUUCCCGUCCUGCGCCUGGCAGUCGAGAAGCGAGAGAAAAUGCCAAAGCGGCACGUCCUCGAGCACCCGCUCCCGCAUCUGCACCGGUGAGCAACGCACCAGCUGUUGGUGGUAAUGAAGAUGUUCCAAGUGCCAUGGCAAUCGACGAUGCCGAGAUCGUUGGGGCGAACACGGCACCAGAAAUCGAUGUGGAACAGUUGGUUCAAGAUAGGCUAAAAGCCAUGGGUACAGUUGCUGUUGCCGCAAAUUCUCCAGGCGAAGAUGAUAAGGAGAAGGGCGACAACGGCGAAGAAGAUGAAGAAGAAAGAAAGAAAAAGAAAAAAGCGCUCAUGAUUAAAGUAUGCCUUGGGUUGGCUAUUCUUGCGGCCAUCAUUAUCGGUGUUGUUGUGUGGUUGACAGGCAAGAGUGACGAGCCAGCCACAAGUCCUGCCCAAGAAAACAUUGUCGACCCUACAAGUGCUCCUGUGGCCGACAAUGCUGUCACAGAUGCUCCAGUCAGUGAUGCAUCGCCUUCUACAUCGCCCUCAUCUGCCCCAACUGAAGGACAACUCUACGAUCCACCCGGUGAUUCAGUCUGCGACUUAAUUGCACGAGGAGAGCCUGUCCCAGGGCAAGAAGAAAUGUCAAGCAAAAGCUUCAUACUUCCUUUUCAGGCCGAGAUGAUAGUGACGUCGCCUCCAACCACAGUGUCCGCCCUCAUGAACAAUGUGAUGCAGAGAAACCUUGGCCCUCCAUUGGCAGAUUGUCCAACUGCAGCGGUCGCUGCGCUGCCCAACAAUGCGCGAAAACUGCAAUUCGAUGGUCUACCUCUCUACGUCAUUGGAAAUGCUGCAAUUGAAGUGGAUUGCGCACAAGGAAAUGACUGUGACGGUGCACCAGAGCUAUGCUACUCUUGCCAAAUGGGGCUUGAAAUUUUUCUAAAGGACGAGGGUGUUAGGGGCUACUUGUUGCAGACCAAGACAUUGGCAAUCCUUGACCAAGAUAGCUUGGUGGAUUUUUUUGGUUUGGAUGGUCUUGCAACGUCUUUGGACUUUGGCGACAUUCUUACAGGGACUCUGACGGAAGCACCUACUCCUUUUCCCACAAUCAUUGGAAGCGCUUCGCCUUCGAUGAGUCCAUUGGUACAACCAACUAGUGUGCCCAGUUUUGCGCCCACGUCGGUUGGCUCAAGCACUCCACUUGUUCCUCGAACACCAGGGCCUACUCCACCACCGACACCAGGACCAACACCCGCACCAACCCAAGGUACUCCAGGCCCGACUCCGCCGCCGACACCAGGCCCGACUCCACCGCCCACUCCGGAACCAACACCAGGUCCAACGCCCAUACCAACUCCAGGUCCAACACUCCCGCCUACACCAAAUCCGACACCAGUGCCCACAUCAUCACCAACUUCCAAAUGGGAUCGGAUUUUGGCAGACCACCAACCCUAUCAUCCUCAGGCCUAUGAAUGGGUUACGACUACAGACACAUGGGAACCGGAUCCUUCUUUAAGAGCUGACCCAGAUGAACUAUAUCUGGAACGUUAUGCAAUCGCGACUCUCUAUUAUUCCUUCGUCUCAAGCGGAAGUUGGUUCACACAGGGUGAAGGGGCUUGGAUGACGGCUGACAGUCACUGUGACUGGUCCUAUGUUUGGUGCGACCCUAAUGAUGGCAAAGUCACAACGUUUGAUGGGUUCAACAACGAUCUUGUCGGUACCCUCCCAACAGAAUUGGGAUUAUUGAGAGAUGUGGGAUUCUUGAGAUUUGAAAGCAAUAACUUGGGUGGCACCAUACCUACGGAGAUGGGAGCCCUAACAAAGUUGUCGUUUCUCACUCUGGGUACUAAUAGCUUUACUGGAUCUGUCCCUACGGAAUUGGGUCGGCUUUCCCAAUUGAGUGUCUUCUCACUGAACACAAAUGAAUUUUUCGGGUCCAUACCGACGGAGUUUGGGAGAUUCACUCUUCUUGACGAUUUGAAUAUGAAUUCCAAUUUUUUCGAUGGCCCCAUACCAUCAGAAAUUGGCCGACUGACUGGCAUGCGUGAGCUCCGCCUGGAUCAAAACGAGCUAAAUGGUCAAAUUCCCACCACGUUCCGCUCGUUGGCCGCAGUUACCAAUUUGAAUUUGACCGCAAACUUCCUAAACGGUCCAAUUCCCACAGGAAUAGGGUUAUUGUCGCAACUAGAGCAGCUGUACUUGGGUGACAAUUCUCUGAGGGGUACCAUCCCUACCGAGUUUGGCAACUUGGCAAACUUGUGGGGUUUGAACGUAUAUGAGAACUCGUUGUUUGGACCGAUACCAACAGAAAUUGGAAAUAUGUUAAGUUUGGAGGAAUUCGCGGCAUGGCGAAAUGAUUUGUCAGGAACCAUACCUUCAGAGUUCCAGAGUCUGAUUAUUUUGACCCUAUUGGAUUUGGGAAUCAAUUCUUUGACUGGUUCGAUUCCACCGCUUCCAACGUCACUGACAACAUGCUACCUUGCUGAAUCGUACGACGGUUUUGAGGAAGGGAACUGCUUCACAGAUACCUCACAGAACCCUGAUCAAUGCAGUAUCGUAAGCAACUGCAUCUAG